GCAAAAGAAAAGUUCCAGGGCUGCAGAAGGACCAAUGCCAGGCGAGGAUGCAAGACACUUCAGAAAGAAGCCAAUGGUGGUGCUGAAUGUUGUUGUCUGGCACAGAGCUGAGGCUUGGGAAGGUUUGUUUGGGUUUCUGCGCACAGCUGUUGGAGAGUGUUAUAGAGAUCUUACGAGACGGACUCCAUCCAGCAGGUCCUUGAGAGAGGAGUAAAGAAGACUUCAGGUUUAUUUUCUCUCCAAGAAUGAGAGUACUAAGUGUGAACAGAUAGUGAUGGAGGUUCGCUGCGGGGGAUUACUCUUCAGCUCCAAGUUUGACUCUGGGAAUUUAGCUAGGGUAGAAAAGGUCGAGAGACCAGUGGCAGAAGGGGAUGCAUUCAGCAGCAGUGGAGGCAGUGUGCCCAUCCCAGACUAUGAGUUCAACAUAUGGACCAAACCUGAUUGCGCAGAGACGGAAUAUGAAAAUGGGAACAGAUCCUGGUUCUAUUUCAGUGUACGAUUUGGGGCCCCAGGAAAACAGAUCAAAAUCAAUAUCAUGAAUAUGAACAAGCAGAGCAAGCUCUACUCUCAGGGCAUGGCUCCAUUUGUGCGCACAGUGCCUAUCCGGUCCCGUUGGGAGCGUAUCCGAGACAGGCCCACAUUUGAGAUGGUGGAAAACCAGUUUAUUUUGUCUUUCGUUCAUCGGUUCCUGGACUGUCGAGGAUCCACAACGUAUUUUGCAUUCUGCUUUCCAUUUUCAUACGAAGAGAGUCAGGAGCUGAUGACAGGGCUGGAUGACCGAUUCAGUGAUUGCAAACAUAUUGCUCCGGGCAGCUUCCCUGACUCUAUAUACUACCACCGGGAACUGCUGUGCCACUCUAUGGAUGGUCUUCGUGUUGAUCUCCUCACCAUAAGUUCAUGCCAUGGGAUGAUUGAGGAACGCGAGCCAAGGCUGGAUAAACUUUUCCCAGAUCGAUCCACCCCUCGCCCAUACCGCUUCACGGGAAAAAGGGUCUAUUUCCUCAGCAGCCGUGUUCAUCCGGGAGAAACACCAUCCAGUUUUGUAUUUAAUGGUUUCCUGGAUUUUAUCUUGCGACAAGAUGAUCCAAGAGCCCAAAUGCUAAGGCGUAUGUUUGUUUUCAAGCUCAUCCCCAUGCUUAACCCUGAUGGUGUGGUUAAGGGUCAUUACAGAACAGAUUCCAGAGGGGUCAACCUCAACCGUCAGUACCUUAAUCCAGAUUUUGAGCUCCAUCCAUCAGUUUAUGCCGCCAAAUCAGUACUUCUCUAUCAUCAUGUAUAUAACAGUGUUGGUCCAAAUGACCCUGAUUGGAGGACUUCAGUGACUCUACAGUCAUCUAACAUCUCUCUUUGCCCAAAGACUUCUAAUCAUUCCCUAAAAGAUUUGCCCUUGGAUGACUCUUUGUCAGACCUAGAGAACACAAACAAUCUGCUGAAUAGUAUGGAGAGGGAGGAAAGUUACAUCACUUGUCCGCAGACUGUGACACAGGCACAAGGGACACCUGUUGAAAGUGACCCAAACUUUCUUUCAGACUCAAGAGAUUUUAUGAGGCAAAAAGAAAUGUUUAUCUUGGAGUCAGACACAGAGCCCAAAGAUAUACACUCUCACAAUCCAUGUGGCAGUUCUCAACUUACAGUUUUCACAAAGUCCAUCCCACCUCAUGAGAGUGGCAUUGCUUUCUAUGUAGAUUUGCAUGGCCAUGCUUCCAAGAGAGGCUGCUUUAUGUAUGGGAAUUUUUUUACAGAGGAGAAUGACCAGGUGGAAAACAUGCUCUACCCCAAGUUGAUCUCUCUCAACUCUGCAAACUUCGAUUUUAUGGCAUGCAAUUUUUCUGAGAGAAAUAUGUAUGCCAAGGACAAAAGAGACGGGCAGUCCAAGGAGGGCAGUGGUCGGGUGGCCAUUCAUAAGGCAACUGGGAUAAUUCACAGUUACACAUUGGAGUGCAACUAUAACACAGGCCGGUGUGUCAACACUAUCCCUGCAGCGUGCCAUGACUAUGGCCGGGCAAGCCCCCCUCCACCCCCUGCCUUCCCCCCAAAGUACACCACACAGGUAUUUGAACAGAUUGGAAGAGCUGUGGCCAUUGCAGCCCUUGAUAUGUCAGAAAGCAACCCUUGGCCCAGACUUAUAAUGUCCGAGUACAACAACCUAACAAACCUUCGAGCUUGGAUGCUGAAACACCUGCGUAACACCAAAGGGUUCCUCCCUGGGACAUUGAAAAAAAAGAGCACAAAGUCACCAGUCAAGGCUUCCAAUCUGGCAUCGGGGUCUAUAUCAGAGAACAGUCUAACCAGAACCAGGAGUUACAGUAACAGCACAGCCAGUACCAACAGCCAGCAGAGCUCUCCACAGAUCAAAUCCUCCAUCAACUUCACAUUCCUCUGCAGCAGUUCCAGUCAUAGUCCUCCCAAAGUCAGCCAGAGGGUUCUGGGCCCCGUAAGAGAAACAAGAACUCAAGAUAAAAGACGCCAGCAAUCAUUGCUACGUUCUGCAGUGCAUAGUCCUACUGGAUGUCCGCAGCACCUGAGCACACAAGUGCCUUCCCUGAGGUCUGGAUAUCCUAAAACAUCAUCACAUGCAAAGACAUCUUGCCCUUUAUCAUUGUCCCUCAGCAUGUCAGGUAGUGGCUUCAGUGGCCUUUCCCCAGCUGCUAAGGUGAAGAAUGGAACUCAAGCCAAGAAAAAUGACCGGGAAGGAGAAUCCCCCAGGCAACAUGUCCAUCAAAGUCAUGGCUUUGCUUUACUGCAGAACAUGCAGAAAAGAGGUAGUAGCCAUAAUAAUGCAGAGUACUCCAAAUCUUUGGAAAGUUUGGGUGUGCGUCCCAGUAGGAUUCCUGUAAGAAGAAAUGGUCUGCUCACAAGUGAGAGAGAGUCGCCUAUCCUUCGCGUUUGGAAAUAUACCACAGAUACAUCACUCAAGCACUGCAGUCUUGCAGACUUGGCUGCAGUCACUUCCAGCCUGACUGUGUGCUCAGUCCCACUUCUAAGAUCCAAAGCAGAGGAACCUGUCUUCCUCUGUGAGACAACCAAAGAGACUGCUGAUCAGCAUUUUCCAGCAGUCUCUCAGGAUGCUUCACACAUCUCUUCGUACCAGAGUGUUCUGUCCUUCUGUGCAGAGGCCUGAAGGUUGCUAGAUGACAGCUCCAUUAACUCUAAAUACCUAUAUCUGGUGCUAUUUACAUGAAAUCUGGUCUAACCCUGUGAAUGAAAAAAGGUCCAAAAACCCUAUUAAAAUUUCCUUAAUUUUGUAAAUAUUUCUCUCUUUUAAACUACUUUCCGCCAUGGUCCCUACCUCCAGUUUGUAUUGUGUGAAGUUUUGUUGUGAGUACAAACACAUUCAUUCUUUCAAUGAUCUUGCAAUAUAUAUAUCUUGUAGGGAAUACCCACUACUGAGUUUAUUUUGCUCAUUAUUCACAAAAAGCUAUGGGCCUGAUUUACAAACACUAGGGUUGCGCCUGUGCGGUAACCCAUAAUAACUAAUCACAUUUAAUUUCAGUCUCUAACUUGCAGUAGAUUGUUCAAAUCAAAUGUGCUGAUUGGUCACGUUGCUACACUGUUGCAAAUUUUUAAUGUUUGUAAACAAGACACUGUGUGUUGCACAUUUGUAGACCUUCCAGUCUUUCUGGAAGGUUAAGUCAGUAUUUAUAAAAAUCAAAAUCAUUUCAUCAAUAGCCAAUUAUAAUGGGUAACUCCACUAAAAUAAAAAUAAAAAUGCAUAGUGAAAGAAAAUAUAACUCUUAGCAAAUCAUUAUUCAUUAGUUUAAUUUCAAUGACUUGCAGAAGUGGUUGCUACUGAAAGCAGGUCAUUUACUUUCCAUUACAUGCACUGCUGGUCAAGACUAUGGGGUAUAUUUAUCAAGAGUGAAGUUAGAGAUCACCACAGUCCUCUAGAGUGA